CCACAGACAACGCCACAGAUAGAUACACGCUGUAUUGGGGCUAUCGCAUCUCAGCCUUGUCGACCCCUAAGAUUCCAUGUUUUCCAGAGGUUUAUUGUAUUUCCUCCCUCUUCUAGCGGCUCGCCUUUUAUACCUGUCUAUUCCUUUUGGCCCAGCCGUCUGACUACUCGAGAUGCCUAUCGUAGGUUCAACAACAGUUUUGGGUACAACCAUUUUGGGCAGUACCACGUUUGUUGCGACCUUCAACCCGGUUAUCACCUACAAUGCCAGCGAAUAUUCUCAUAGUACUAUCUUUGUCACUGAAGCAGCUGACGAUGCGUCUUUUACGAACCUGAAUGCGCCACCACUCACUACUUACUACACCCCACCAAAUGAAUGUGCGGAACGAUGGAUGUUGGCGGGAGGUCAGGAGAUAACCACGACCCGCAGACUCCCUACUUCAACCCUCAUUGCGAAUAGCGAUGUCGCCGCUACUUUCCCCAUGACAUCUUCGGCGGCGCUGCUACCACGAGCAACCUUCGUACCCCAGAACUACACAGUGUUCAGUCUGGAUCUGAACGGAACUGCAACCGACCCAUCAUACCGGAGUUGCCAGCCCUUCAGGCUCGCGCCGACGUACAGCCCCGGCAUAUGUCCAGAUGGCCAGACCGUCGCAGAGGUCACUGCAUGGCAAAUCAAAGCCGCGACCGGGCACCGCACAUUCUGGCAAGCCAGCUGCUGCCGAAGCGGCAUGACCUUUGGGCCCGAGUUCUACGAGGCCUGCAUCAGCACGUUCGCCACGCCGCUGCAGGCCCUGGCCCUCAUCGUCACCUCGCCGUCCAGCGGCGCCGCCGCGUCCACCACCUAUGAGUACGAGACUUUGGUGUUCGUGACGUCGGCGAGCAGCUGGUCCACGACCACGGUCAGCAGCACCACGCUGCUGAGCACGGGUCUCGCGGUCGCCGAUCCGAUUGUCGUUGCCUGGCUGGACGAGAACCUCGGCUUGUUUCCGCCAGAGUACGUCGCGUCGCUUGCAGCGCGGUUCAGCAUGACGGUACCAUCGAGCACAGGACGCCUGGCACCGCCGACCGCCACGCCCGCCGCAGGGCUCAGCUCAGGAGCAAAGAUCGGCAUCGGCGUCGGCGCCGCCGUGGGCGUCCUCGCCGCCGUCAUCGCGGGCGUGUGGCUGUGUCUGAAGCGGCGCCGCAAACCGCAGACAUCGGACCCGCACGCCUCGCUGCCGGAGAUGGCGGACCAGGACGGCGAGCUCGCGCGCAAGAAGUGGUGGGGCGCGGGCAAAUGGCGCAGCGAAGUCGCCUCGCACGCAGAGCCGCAGGAGCUCGAGAGCAAGAGCGUCCGCGUCGUGCCUGGGCCGCCAGCAGAGCUCGAUGGCGCGGAGCUGCAGCACCCGCGGGCGGCGGGACAGGUUGUGUAUCCGCGGCGCGACGGCUCGGGGACGGGGCCGUGAUGGACGCACACGCGCUUGCACGGGUUGAAUGAGCCUCUGCACGGGAGUGAGGUGCUGGCAUCCGGGUGUUUGCGUGUUGUGGGCGCGCUGGCGGGAGGGGGACACGGCGUGUUGUAUCCAUCCACGGGACGUGAUGGCAGGCGUACCACGGACUGCUUGUUCCGCGUCACGCCUCCAGGGACACGCGGUACGUGUCGAGACGUGCGGACUACCUCUUCCUUGGUACUGUGCAUACACGGCGACUCCCAAGAUUGGCGACUCGGCACAGGAACG